AUGCCAUACGGGCCGCCCGGGACCGAGGGAGACGCCUUCAACCAGCGUGCUGAAGCGCUCCGUAGGCGUCAACACCACAGCGGCAAUCGGCAACCUCCCGACAAUGACCAAUGCUCCAGCUACUACUUUUAUCUUGACAAAUCCGACAUCGACAUCGACAUUGAUGAUCCACACAUCAUACCUGCUGCUGAUACGGCCGAGACUCUGUUUGAAUACUACAAAGCAGUCGUCCACAGCCCAUUCCCAAUCCUAGGUGACAUGUUCGAAGCUCAACUGCAAAUGUUCUUCACGAGGGAUCAGGGUAGCCCUACAUUCGUCGUGGGUCCAAAAUGGAAGGCUAUCAUGAAUCUUGUUUUCGCCAUCGGUGCACGCUACUCACAUCUCAUCGGCGCCGAAUGGCGAGCCGACGACCACGACCAUCUGGUCUAUAUGUGGAGAGCAGUACAUCUCUUGGAACUCCAAUCUAUCAGCACUUUAGUCGCGCAGCCCGAUCAGGUGCUGAUACAGGCAUUUGGGCUUCUCUCCUUAUACUAUCUGACGAUUGGACAUGUUAGCAGAGCUUGGUACAUGAUUGGUAUCGCUCUUCGCCAUGCACAAGCCGCUGGUUUGCACCUUAGACAUGAGGAUCCUUCCAUCUCUCCCAGGAGAAAGAAGUUUUUAGCCCAGAUCUGGUGGUCACUUUAUUCUAUUGAAUGUGUACUUACUUCCAUAACCGGACGUCCCCGCAUUGUGAGCCCUAUCGACUGCACAGUACCGCCACCGGGCGCGAAAGGGACCGAAAUGGCAACCCCUUCACGGGAAACAACUACAUCAUCCGCAUUUAGCCGAAGGUCCGAAUCUUCCGCCAGUGAGCCCACAGCCAAUGCAGGUGUAGAUCCAUUCAACGUAGCCUACGUUAGGCUCGAUAUUCUCAUGGACAAGAUAUUGUCUGGCUUGUACUCCGCACAAAAGUCUGCCAAGUCCUGGAAGGCUGCUCAGAAGGAGAUCGCUUCGCUUUCUGACGAACUGGAAGCCUGGGCCUUACAUUCUCUGUCUCGGGGUUCAACCGCAGCAAUUGCCGCUAGUUCAGAGCACGGUCUGAGUCGAGAGCAGCUGCUGCUUUAUCUGUACUAUCACAACGCGAAGAUCUGCAUCACUCGACCCUGUCUAUGCCGGCUGGACCUGCGCAUAAAGGGACAGAAUGAAGAGUCGACUCGGUUCAAUCAGAAGGCCGCUGAGGCCUGCAUAGGUGCGGCUCUAGAUAUUACCUCCAUGUUGCCAGACACACCAAACACCGCGUGGUUUUAUGGGAACGGUCCGUGGUGGUGUGCUGUUCAUAUCAUCAUGCAAGCCCUCACGGUCUUACUUUUUGAGCUAUCGUUGGACGGUAUCCAUUUGACGAUCGAUAAGUCACAUAUCACAUCCUGCGUCGAUAAGCUUAUCCGAUGGCUAGGUUCGAUGAAGUCCCUUGACGCAGUCAGCGAGAGCGCAUACAACGUUGUGGCUAGAGUCUUGAAUAAGCAGAGCAAACAAGAAGCGGCUCAUCGGCAACUACCCCAGCCACAGCCGACUGAUCCCUACCAACAGCCACACGACGCGCAAGAUAUAACCCUUGACCCGCAGCAGCAGUACCAGCCGUACAGUCAGCCUCUUAAAUUGCAACAGUCAUAUGUUGCAUGGCCAAGCGCUGACCCAUUCGAUAGCAACAGCUUCUACCCUCAGUCCAAUACAGACAAUUUCUAUCUCAACGACGUCUCUGGGUUUGAAUACCUGAACGAUCCUAACGCGGGGCUGAUGGAUUUCGGCCAGCCACUCAACCUGUUCUAUGGAAAUCCUUACGAGGUGACUUUCGAUCAAUGGGAAUAG